CGGAGAGCGAAGCGCGGGCGGCCUGCGGCGGCCGCAAGCCGGGGGCGGUGCCUGCUUCGCUGCCGCCUCCUCUUCGCGCAGCUCCAUCUUUGUCCAGUCGCAGCGCUUUGUUCCCAGCGCUUGUGCCCCGGCCUUCCAGGCCGACGAGCAGUCCCCGCGGCGAGCUGGCGUCGUCCUCGCCUCCCUCGCCGCCACCUCCCGCGCGCGGCCGGGCCUUGCCCCCCAUGGUGUCUCGACCCGAGCCGGAGGGCGAGGUCAUGGACGCCGAGCUGGCGGUGGCACCGCCGGGCUGCUCGCACCUGGGCAGCUUCAAGGUGGACAACUGGAAGCAGAACCUACGGGCCAUCUACCAGUGCUUCGUGUGGAGCGGCACGGCCGAGGCCCGCAAGCGCAAGGCCAAGUCCUGCGUCUGCCACGUUUGCGGCGUCCACCUGAACAGGCUUCAUUCUUGCCUCUACUGUGUCUUCUUUGGCUGCUUCACAAAGAAACAUAUUCAUGAACAUGCCAAGUCCAAACGGCACAACCUGGCCAUUGACCUGAUGUAUGGUGGCAUUUACUGCUUUUUGUGUCAGGACUAUAUCUAUGACAAAGACAUGGAAAUAAUCGCCAAAGAGGAGCAGCGGAAAGCUUGGAAGCUGCAAGGCGUUGGAGAGAAGUUCUCAACUUGGGAACCAACCAAACGGGAGCUUGAACUGCUGAAGCACAACCCCAAAAGGAGGAAGAUCACCGCCAACUGUACCAUCGGUCUACGCGGGCUCAUCAACCUGGGGAACACCUGCUUCAUGAACUGCAUCGUCCAGGCGCUGACGCACACUCCUCUGCUGCGCGACUUCUUCCUGUCGGACCGGCACCGCUGCGAGAUGCAGAGCCCCAGUUCCUGCCUGGUCUGUGAGAUGUCCUCACUAUUCCAGGAGUUUUACUCUGGGCACCGGUCCCCUCACAUCCCAUACAAGCUGCUGCACCUGGUGUGGACCCACGCACGGCACCUGGCGGGCUACGAGCAGCAGGAUGCCCAUGAGUUCCUCAUCGCGGCCCUGGACGUCCUUCAUCGGCACUGCAAAGGUGAUGACAACGGGAAGAAGGCCAACAAUCCCAAUCACUGCAACUGCAUCAUAGACCAGAUCUUCACAGGAGGGCUGCAGUCGGAUGUCACCUGCCAAGUCUGCCAUGGUGUCUCUACCACAAUAGACCCCUUCUGGGACAUCAGUUUGGACCUGCCUGGCUCUUCCACCCCGUUCUGGCCCCUGAGCCCAGGGAGUGAGGGCAGCGUGGUGAACGGAGAGAGCCACGUCUCGGGGACUACCACUCUCACAGACUGCCUGCGAAGGUUCACCAGACCGGAGCACUUGGGGAGCAGUGCCAAGAUCAAGUGCAGUGGCUGCCACAGCUACCAGGAGUCCACCAAACAGCUCACCAUGAAGAAACUGCCCAUCGUGGCCUGCUUCCAUCUCAAAAGAUUUGAACAUUCAGCCAAGCUGAGGCGGAAGAUCACCACUUACGUGUCCUUUCCCCUGGAGCUGGACAUGACCCCCUUCAUGGCCUCCAGCAAGGAGAGCAGGAUGAACGGACAGUACCAGCAGCCCGUGGACAGUCUCAGCAGUGACAACAAGUACUCCUUGUUUGCUGUUGUCAACCAUCAAGGAACCUUGGAGAGUGGCCAUUACACCAGCUUCAUCCGGCAGCACAAAGACCAGUGGUUCAAGUGUGACGAUGCCAUCAUCACCAAAGCCAGCAUUAAGGACGUGCUGGACAGUGAAGGGUACUUGCUGUUCUACCACAAGCAGUUCCUGGAGUAUGAGUAGCCUCAUCGCAGCUGGUCAGAGAAAAUGAAGGCAACAAACUGCGACCCUCAAGAAGCGAUCCCCAGCCUCCCCGACCUCAGGACACCACCUACCACACAGGCGUGCCCUGUGGGUCCCUCUGUCCUGGGACCCUCAGGGUCGAACCGACAAACACAGGUGGUGGGGGCUCAGGAACUACACAGAGAUACACCAUAUGAGGGUGUGCUUUGGCGGGGAGGAACAGAGUGGCCCUGUCACCAGGAGUCCCUGUGGUCCCGAGUAUGAGUGGACAGGGAGCCUCGGUACCAAGCAGCUGCUGCCUGGUGCUUCCUGGUGCCUCCAGUGGUCUCCCAGCUUGCAGUUUAGAAAGGUGCCCACCUGUCUUUUUUUUUUUUUUUUUUCUAGAGACAGAGUCUCACUGUACCGCCCUCAGGUAGAGUGCCGUGGCAUCACAUGGCUCACAGCAACCUCUAACUCUUGGGCUUACGCGAUUCUCUUGCCUCAGCCUCCCAAGCAGCUGGGACUACAGGUGCCCGCCACAACGCCCGGCUGCGCCCACCUGUCUUAAAAUCAUGAGUCCAUUAAAGCAGUGAGCAGAAAGACGAGGUGGUGUUCAGGGAGGCUUCACCGGCCCUGCCCUUCCUGAGGGUGGUGGUAAGCUGCAGAGUGCAGGACCCUUAGCCUCUGUGUUUUCAGCAGCCAGGAAGCAGCCCCCUACGCCUGUGGGACUGGAGACACUAAGUCGGUUUCUGAGUGUGUCUGUUCUCCAAGAUAACUUAGCAUCAAACUGCAUGUGGAAGCCUCUCUUGGUUUUCUAGAAAUAGGCAUUUUCUUAUCCCCCACCCCUUCUCUCUCUUAUUCCAUGAUGGUGAAUUUCAUAAAUGUAAUAAUAGCAAAGUGAGUGAAUUACUGAGUUGAUACUGAAAUUAGAUAGUUGCUCCUUUGUUCUCUAGAGUGAUUCUUGCUUUUACCUGGUGCUUGUUUGUUGCCCCUCAGCAUCUGCAUGUCUGGUCAGUGGCCUCGGGACACAGGGGUCUCUGUUAUCUUUGUCUCUGGGGUAGACGCAGCCUCUCCCGGGCGUUGACUGGCUCCCACCCUCAUGUUUUUCACCUUUGUCCUCUGUCCCAUCGCCCUCUGUCACUGCCUGGUGGCCAGCAUGCGGGACGCAGAGCUGAAGCGGCUCCUCUGCUCUGUGUCUGUGCAGUCUCGGGUGGUGGGAGCAGAAGGACCUCCUGAGGGAGCUCUAGGGCAGAGCUGAGGAAGCAGAGCAAAACGCAUCACUGCUUGUAAGAUACUUUGCAUGUACUAUCUCUUCAAACUCAAACUUAGAUCGUCUGUUUCUGAGAAAUUAUAGGGACAUGGGGGAGGAGGUGUUUUUUAAUAUAGUUUGUGGAGCAGCCAUCUCAAGCUGUGCUUGUCCUGGAAGCCCCCAUCUCCACCUGAGGUGUGGGCCCUUCAGUCCUGGAGCGCAGUCACCAAUGUGAAGGCUUUGCAGUGUUUCUCACGAAGAGCCUGGUGGUCGGCAUUGCCGGCUCUGUGCCCGUCUCCGCAGAUAGAUGAGUGUGGCUGUGUCUCAAUAAAGCUGUGUUUAUGGAUAUGAAAAUCUGAAUUAUAAAUACUUUUCAUAUGUCAAGAAAGUUUGAUUUAAAAAAAAAAAAACUAAAAUGAGAAAAAGCCACACAAAAGCAGAUAGGGACCAGCUCUGGCUUGCUAGCUAGUGAGGCUGGAAGUGAAAGACUUGGGGCAGAACCCCCCACUCUGCAUGGUAAUAUUUUCUUUCAGAAGGGUAGGGACAGCUCCGAACAGGAGACACUAGGGCAGGGGAAAGGCCACCACACCCUGGACCGAGUAUGGCACGAGCCUCAGUGAUGCAGGUUUGUAAAGCAUUUGCUGGAUUAAUUUUCCUUUAUAUUUCUGCACUUGGAGCAAGUGGAGGCAUGUUUUAAGAUGAGCACUAGUAAAUGUGGGAGGGCUUGAGUCAAAGAAGCUGGUCCCACAUGACCCUAUAUGACAGUGGGGGAGGGGUUGUUCUUGUCAGGAGGGUUGGCUGCAUGGCCCCCGGGGCGCUAAGUGCUGUCUGGUGCCACUGCUGUGCUGGGUGCUGUCCUUGGGCCUUCUGGUGGGGUGUCCUGUGGCUCCCCAGGCCCCACCCCUGUCCCUGUUGCUUGUGUUGGGGCCUCAGCUGCUCUAGGAACCUUAGUGCUGGUUAGGGAGAUGGAGUUGUUUCAUUUUUUGAAAGGCAUUAUGUUAAACUUUUGUAUCCAAAUUAAUUCCCCUCUGCCCUGGUGUUACCUGCACAUGGCACUAGGUCCUGUGUCUGACUGGAAUCCACUUUGUUAGGAACAGUUAUUCACUUGAUGGCUUUGGAAAUCUGUUCUUUUAGCUCACCGUCCAGCUAUAAAAUUAAGGAAAACAGUUUUCCUGUUCCUAGUGACCUGUGUGUCAGGCUGCUUGUCACAAAGUGUAUCUUACCACUAAGGGACUCGCUGGCUGGUGUGAGAAACAGCCGGGACUUUGGUGAAACUGCUCAGUAAGGUGGACGGACCCCUCUCCUCAGCCAGUGUGAGAGUUGUGAGUGUGGGGUCUGCUGGGGGCCAGGCUGGGCAGGAAGCAGGUGGCUGCUCAGCUGGGCCCCUCCCGGCCACCCUGGGCCCGCAGCGCCCCCGUGCUGUCGCGUCUCUGCUUGGCGUGUGUGCUUUUCAUCAUGUACGGUUAUUGUUCUUUUGACAAUUCAAGUGACUGUUUUCAUUUACUAUGACUUUGACAACAAAAAAUUGUAACGAUUUUGCUGUGGUUGAAGAUGUUAUUGCCAAGAUGUUUAUGCUUCUUUACACCCAUUGUUUUGGGGAGCUGUUUGAUUCUCUCCUCCUCCCCUACUGGCUUGUAGUCUUCCCUGUGUCAUAAUAAACCUACAAUUUAUUCUGAA